AUAUUUUUUGGAUUUUUCUAUUUAUAAGAAUUUUUCUAAUGGAUAUAUACUUGUCACUUUUGUACUACUCUAUACUUUGCUAUUUAUCUAAAUUUUUAACAAUAUAUUAUUUCAAGAAAGAAAAGAAAAAUAAAUAAAGGGAACUUUAGUACUCUAUUCGAUGCUUUCUAUUCUGCUGUGGGCCUAGGUUAUGGAUAUGGAGAGUGGGUUGGUAUGUUUGGGGUGGGUUAUUGAAUUAUAGAAAAUCUGAGGUACAGUUCGGCCAACAUCUAAUAAGAUUGUGGCAAGUGACAAUUUUUUAAAUGAUAUAUUUUUUAAAAUCCUUUCUUCUUCUUCUUCUUCUUCUUCUUCUUCUUCUUUUUUUUUUUUUUUGAGUGAAAGAAAAUGAUAAUAUGAGGAUAUGUGCAGCCUAGCUGGAGAAGUGAUUCCCCUUGGAGAAGCGAUUCUUAUUAUUUUUUAACAAUGAGAAACUUUGAGUUAUUAUUAAGAGGGUAGGAAACCACACUAUAGUAGAGAAGUAUUCAUUAAUGAAUUUGAAUAUAUGGCAUAGCUAGGCCUAUUAUGAUUAUUAUUAUUUAUUUAUUUUAUUUUGUAGAAAAAAAUUGUGCAGAUAGUAUCCAGUGGGAAAGUUAAUAGCACAAUGAAAAAUAAUGCAUCAAAUAAGUUACCAUUAUGACUUUUUAUUGUGCAAGUUUAAUUGGUUUUUAAAACCAUGAUCCGAAAUAAUGUUGGGAAAUAGUUGCUUCAUCAUUAGGCAAAAAAAAAAAAAAAAAAAAAAAAAUUAUAGUCAUGAUUUCAAGAUGAGGCACAUUGUAAUACAACUUAUGUAGCUUAAGUUUGUUCUUUAAUUAAAAAAAAUCCACAACCACAGAUGCGAAAAAGUACCUUAGAUUUGGAAUGGAUGACUCACUUGAUAUCAGGAAUCAUAAUGUUAAAAGCAUAAGAAUACUUGCUAGUAUGAUUUAUAUAAAUAUCUUUCGAUUAACAUUAUAUCAAUUGUUUGUCAAUCCAAACAUAAUUCAAUAGAUAAAACAUCUAUUAUCAUUUUAAAAAUUAUUGAUAGUUUCAUCCAAUAAUUACUCCAUAAUUAUUGAACUCAAAAAAAAGUUUUGUUAUUUAUUAUUUUUUUAGUUUAUGGUGAAGUCUACAGAUCUACCACUAAGAAUAACAUCUACUUUAUGUUUGGACAAAGGGCUUUUGUUUGUUUGUUUGUUUUUAAUUUUUUAUUCAUAUUAGGCUAUUUAAACAUUUACUUUAUCAAAGGUAAUUUUUAAUCCAAGUGUAAAAUCCUAAUUUUGAAAAAUUGUCAUUGUGAUGUAAGAAUCGAGAUUUUUUUUGGUUAAUUUAAUAUGACUUCAAAUCGUGUUUAAAGAUAUUUACAUUUUUUUUUUUAUAAUUAUGAAAAUUAAUUUGAAGAAAAAAAGAGAAUAUUGAUAUGACUAGCAUAACAAUAGCCCCACUCUUCGGAAACUAUCCACUAUACUCUAAAAUGAAGAUUCUAAUAAUUGAAAAUUAGGAUUGAGUUUUGAAGGGAUGGUGAAGCAUCGACUGCGAAAAGGAUUAACAAACUCUAAUGGGAUUGAUCUAAAAGCCGAUGAAAUUGCUGAACAGCAGAAGACGACUAAAGCAGAAAUGGAACAAAAGAUGACGAGAAUCUUGAAGCUAAUGAAGAACAAAGAUCAAGGAAAAAGCAGAGGAAUGGCAAAGGACUCGAAGAAAGAAACGGAAGUUGUAGGUCUCGUUGAAGAUCUAUACAACAAUUACCAGUCGAUUUAUGAACAAUAUGGACACCUACGAGAUGAGGCUGAGAGAAUAGUUAAAUCCAAAAAGGAAAAUGAAAAGGAUAACGAAGAUGUCUCUUCUUCAUCUUCAAGCUCCAGUUCCGACUCCGAUUCGGAAUACUUUUCGUCUGAGGAAACAAACACCAGUUUUCAUAAUUUACAGAAUGAACACUCGAGCAACUUGCAUGUUCAAAUUCAAGCCGGUGAACUAGAAAAGCAAAUUGUACAAAAGAAUGAAGCCAUGGCUAAGGUUGAUUUUCUUCAUCGGGAACUAGAUAGCGUACGAAGCCAGAAACGCGAAUUGGAAAAUAGGAAAAACAAGGAGAUAUCCGAGAAUAUGGCUUUGAUAGGAAAUUUGAAAGAACAAUUGGCGGAAAAGAUUGGAGUUGAAAAGAAGAUGCUGGAAGAGAAAGAGAGAGUUCUUGUUCAGAUUAAGGACCUGGAAACGGAAGUAGACACUCUGCAUUACCGAAAAAGGGAAAUAGAAGAACAAAAUAUUCGGAUGAGAUCCGAAAAUCAGUGGCUCAACACUAAGAAUUCCGAAUUGGAGAUGGCAUUGACGAGUAAGGAAACAGAAGCUUCUUCUCAGAUGAUCGCGUUAAUGGAGCAAGUCAAGAGUCUGAAACAGAAAGUGGAUGGAUCACAGGCUGAAAAAACCAAAUUAGGGCAAGAAAUGGAGCGGUACAAACAGGAAUUUUCUCACAAAUUCUCCGAACUGGAGGCAGAAAACAACAAAUUGAAAAGCAAAAUCGUCGAUCAGGAAAGAAUCCUAAAAGAAAAAGACGAAACAAUAAUUACAUUUAACGAGAAAUACAAGCAAGCGAGGAACUGCUUACCUGACGUCGCUUCGAGUCUGAUAGGCGCAGAGAGGAAGAUGGAAGAAUUAGCAGAAGAGCUCCGGAGCGGCCUGGAAGAUAAAAUCCGUCUGCUAUCGCAGAGAAUCCUCGUGGCAGAGCAACUACACAACGAAAGCAGAGAAAACUUCAGAGCAAGAAACAAAAGAUACGAACAAGAGAAGAGACAGUUCGAACAAAAAAUAGAAAAUCACGAAGCGGAACUGAUGAAACUCAGCAACAUGAACGAAUUCGGAAUGGACAGAAUGGCAAGAAAAUUCGAAGAAGAGAGCGGGAAGCUUCUAAAUCACAUAUUAUGGAUCACAAAGGAGCUUACCUUCGCGAAAUACUGGGUAAGAACACGAAACAACGAGUUAAAACAACUGAAAACAAAUUUAACUCGAUUCGUAGCUCAGAUGGAGGAAAAAGAAGAACAGGAAUUCUUGCUAAGAGAGAAACUAUGGAAUCUAGAGGCGAAGAUAAGCAAAGAAGGAGGAGAGAAACUGAACCUGAUCCGAACCUUGGGCCAAUUCGAGAAGAAGAUGACAAAAAUGGAGAACAUACUGAAGGAGAAAGAUGAAGAAGUGUUCCGACUUGCAGAAGAGAAGAGAGAAGUGAUUCGGCAACUAUGCGUUGUGAUUGAUCACCAUCGCAGCCGCUACGAUCAUCUCAAGGACGCCAUGCUUGGGAAGAAGGUCAGAAACAGAAGAAUGAUUUGAUGCUGGGUUUUUCUGUUUUGACAAUCAUAACCUUUUUUGUUCCUUCAUUCUAAAAAUUUUGGGAAAUUGUAAAAGUAAAGCAGCUAUAUAAUAUAUAUAUUACUGAUUGAUUACACACACGUAUAUGUAUUGUUUUAUAAUUUUUAAUUCUUGCUCUGUCCCUCGCUCUCUCGCAUAAUUGCAU